CCAAUAUUAUCCCAUACAUCAUCGCAACCAAUGCCAAUUUAUUUAAUAAUUAUUUUUUUAACAGAAAACCAAGUUUCAUUUAUAUAUCCCAUUUGUCCAAAGUUGACCGAUCUCACAAACACACCACACUAAAAAACUCAAAAAACUUCUCAGCUCCCUCCAAUUCCCACCGCCGCCGCCGUCAAAUGACCAAAAUACCCUUCCUCCACCUCCUCCUCCUCCUCUCUUCCCUGCCCAUUCUCGUCAUUUCACAGCAAUUCUCCACCGCCGAUAGAGCCAUCCUUCUCAACAUCAAACAGCAAUGGGGGGACCCACCAAUCCUCCACCACUGGAACUCCAGCUCGUCUCCCUGCGACUGGCCGGAAAUCCAAUGCUCCGGCGGCUCCGUCACCGGAGUCAUCCUCAGCGGCUACAACCUCAACGGCACCGUUCCGGAAUCCAUCUCCUCCCUCCGGAAUCUAACCGUUCUCUAUCUUUCCUUCAAUAAUUUUUUCGAAGAUUUUCCGAAAACAAUUUUGAAUUGCUCAAAUCUUCAGUAUCUAGACCUGUCGCAGAAUCUGUUCGAAGGGAAAAUUCCGGUGGAAAUCGGCCGGCUGAAACAGCUGCGACUCCUCGACCUCAGCGGCAACAACUUCGCCGGGGAUAUCCCUCCCGCCAUCGGCGAAUUGGACGAGCUUAUCACUCUGAAUCUUUACAUGAAUUUAUUCAACGGUAGUUACCCUAAGGAGAUUUCCAAAUUAUCGAAUCUCGUGAGUCUACGGCUGGCUUACAAUGACCUCGCGCCGGCGGAAAUACCGCCGGAAUUCGGGAAUCUGACAAAGCUGGAAUAUCUCUGGAUGACGGAGGCGAAUGUGAUCGGCGUGCUGCCGCAGAGCUUCGCGAAUUUGUCGAGCCUCCAGCAUUUGGAUUUGUCUGUGAAUGAAUUGAGUGGAGAAAUCCCGCACGGAUUGUUCUUGCUCAAGAAUUUGAGUGUGGUUUAUUUGUACCACAACAAAUUUUCCGGCGUGAUUCCUCAGACGAUCGAGUCGUUGAAUUUGGUGGAGCUUGAUAUCUCUAUGAACAAUCUGGCCGGAGAAAUUCCGGAAGAUAUCGGAAAAUUGAAUAAAUUGGAAGUUCUGACUCUGCAUUCAAACAACCUGUUCGGCGAAAUGCCGCAGAGUAUUGCGAUGAUUCCGAGCUUGAAGAGUUUUAGGGUUUUCAGUAACAAUUUGAGUGGAACUCUGCCGCCGGCGAUGGGGAACUACUCAAAGCUCGAAGACUUCGAAGUUUCCGAAAAUCAUUUCACCGGAAACUUGCCGGAAAACUUGUGCGCCGGGCAAACUCUAUUCGGCUUGGUGGCGUUCAACAACAAUUUGACCGGAGAGAUUCCGAAAUCGCUCGGAAACUGUCCGCAUCUCCGCACGCUGCAGCUCUACGGCAACCAAUUCUCCGGCGAGAUUCCGCCGGGGAUCUGGACCGGGCUCAACAUGACCAGCAUGAUGCUGAGCGGCAACAGAUUCUCCGGCGAGCUCCCCCGCCGGAUCGCGUGGAACAUGACGCGCUUGGAGCUCAGCAACAACCGGUUCUCCGGCGGGAUUCCGGCGGAGGCGUCGUCGUGGGCGAAGCUCGUCGUGUUCAAAGCCAGCAACAACUCGAUCACCGGGCCGAUUCCGAAGGGCCUCACCGCCCUCAAUCAGCUGAUCACUCUCUCUCUAGACGGAAAUUCUCUCUCCGGCGAGCUCCCACCGGAGAUCGUCUCGUGGUCGUCGCUCAACGGGUUGAAUUUAGCCCGAAACCAACUCUCCGGCCAGAUACCAGCCGCGUUCGGCUCCCUGCCCGAUCUCCUAGACCUCGACUUAUCGGAGAAUCAACUCUCCGGCGAUAUCCCGCCGGAGCUGGGGCGGCUGAAGCUCACUUCCCUCAACCUCUCAUCAAACCGAUUAGCCGGAAAAAUCCCCGACGAAUUCGACAACAUGGCCUACGCAAGCAGCUUCCUCAACAAUCCGAAGCUCUGCGCAAGAAAUCCAAUCUCCAAUCUCCCCAGCUGCUACGCACGUCUCCAACAAUCUAAGAAAUUAUCACACAAAAUCCUCGCGGUGAUUCUGGUCUUAGCGAUCGUGCUUCUCCUGGUCACCCUCGCGACGGCGCGUUUCCUAGUGAGAGAAUACCGGAGGAAGAAGCUGAGCCGCGAUCUCACCACGUGGAAGCUCACCUCGUUCCAACGGCUAGAUUUCACCGAGGCCAGCAUCCUCUCCCGGCUGCAGGAGAGCCAGAUGAUCGGCUCCGGAGGCUCCGGGAAGGUGUACAAGAUCCCGGUCGACCGCGGGGCCCAAUGCGUCGCGGUGAAGAAGAUCGGGAGUGUCGCCAAGGCCGACCGCCAGCUCGAGAAGGAGUUCCUCUCGGAGGUUCAAAUUCUAGGUUCGGUUCGGCACUCCAACAUCGUGAAGCUCUUGUGUUGCAUCUCUAGCGAGGAUUCGAAGCUCUUGGUGUAUGAGUAUAUGGAGAAUCAUAGCUUGGAUAGGUGGCUGCACGGGAGCAAGAGGAAGGCUCUGCCGCCCAACUCCGCCGUGCUGGACUGGCCGGCGCGGCUCAGGAUCGCGCUGGGUGCCGCGCACGGGCUGUGCUACAUGCACCACGACUGCAGCCCUCCGAUCAUACACCGCGACGUGAAGUCGAGCAACAUCCUGUUGGAUUCCGACUUCAACGCGAAGGUCGCGGAUUUCGGAUUGGCGAAGAAUCUGGCGAAGAGGGGCGAGGCCGACACGAUGUCGGCCAUCGCCGGCUCCUUUGGCUACAUUGCCCCAGAGUAUGCUUACACGAGGAAAGUGAACGAGAAGAUCGAUGUGUACAGCUUCGGGGUGGUGCUGCUGGAGCUGGCGACGGGGCGGGAGCCCAACUGCGGGGACGAGCACACGAGCCUGGCGGAGUGGGCGUGGAGGAGCUACGGGGAGGGGAAGCCGGUAGCGGACGUGCUCGACCGCGCGAUAAAAGAGGGGGGCUGCUUGGAGGAGAUGAUCAGCGUGUACAAGCUCGGGCUCAUGUGCACCAGCCCCCUGCCCACGAGCAGGCCCUCCAUGAAGGAGGUGGUGCAGAUACUCCAGCGCUGCCGCCCCCUCGAUGCCUGCAAUCACCGGAAGAAGGCCGAGUACGACGUCGCGCCGCUCCUCGGCGCCGAGAAGUACAUCACGAGCUACAGGUGUGAUUCGAAGAAGCUGAUGGAUCAGAGUGACAACAGCUUGGUCACUCUUGUGUGAUGAGAGAGAGAGAGAAGGUGUUAAGAGUGAGAAGAGAAACAAAUGUUGAAUGUUAAUUUGUAAAUUUUUGUCUUCUCACUUUUGAUGAAAUUUUGAUGUGUGUUCUAUAGUGAGAAUAGGUGAAGUAGUUGCGAUAAAUGCAGCAAUUCUUGUAUUAUAUGGUUUGAUGCCAUUGUAUAUUCUGAGAAAUGGUUCUAAUUUUAGGAUUAUGCCUCUCAAUAAGGAAUCUAUGUAUUUACAUAA